AAAAAAUGAUACCAGUCAUGUGUGAUUUAAGACUUCAUGAAAGCAUUCGUUAAAAUAUCAAUUAAACGUGGCCCCAAUAUAAAUUCAUAAUUAUACAUAACCAAUGGUACUGUUAGCAGCGGCAGUAUGCACAAAGUCUGGGAAAACCAUAUUUUCACGGCAAUUUAUGGACAUGAGUAAAUCAAGAAUAGAGGGUUUAUUAGCUGCCUUUCCUAAACUUAUUUUACCAGGUAAGCAACAUACAUUUGUUGACACUGAAAGUGUUAGAUAUGUUUAUCAGCCGCUAGAUAAACUAUAUAUGCUACUAAUUACCACAAAAGCUAGCAACAUUCUAGAAGAUUUGGAAACCUUAAGAUUAUUUUCAAAAGUAAUUCCAGAAUAUUGUAAAACUAUGACUGAAAAUGAUGUAUUGGAUAAUGUUUUUUCACUGAUUUCAGCUUUUGAUGAAAUUAUAGCACUAGGUUAUCGAGAAAAUGUUAAUUUAUCACAAAUUAAAACCUUCACAGAAAUGGAUUCUCACGAAGAAAGAGUAUUUCAAGCUGUUAGACAAAACCAAGAAAGAGAGGCUAAUGAAAACAGUAAAAGGAAAGCCAAAGAACUUACCUUAGCUAGAAAGGAUGCAUUAAAACGAGGGGGUAAUUUUAAAUACCCAUCAUCUAAUGUAGCCAGUUCUGGUUUAAGUAGUCAUACAAAAAGCAAUAUUGAUAUUGAGACAGUUACAAAUGGGAACAAAUAUUCACAGCCAUCUAGUUUUAACAAGCCUCCAGCUAUGAAUAAAGCUAUGAAACUUGGUGGUAAACUUAAAGAAUUAGAUCAAUUCGUAGACAAGCUCAUUUCAGAAGGAGAAGAGUUCACUAAGAUCCCUAGAAUGCUGGAGGAUUUAAAAAUUACCAACAAUAACUAUAACGAUAUCCUACCACCCAGAAGAUACUCCGAAAAAGUUUCAAUCAUGGUUGAAGAAAAGGUGGCCAUCUCCAUGAACAAAGAUGGUGGCGUUCAACUUUUCGAUAUAAACGGCAUAUUGAUGGUUAGGAUAAGCGAUGAGUCUUUUGGUCGGAUCAAACUUUACAUCGAAAAUCCGCUGAGUUCCAACACACUCAACGAUCACGAUAUUUUGUCUCAACUAAAAUCGCCCCUUCAAUUACAGUGUCAUCCCAAUAUUGAUAAAAAAAUAUUCGCAUGCGACAACGUUAUAUGCCUGAAGGAUACCUCUAAAUCGUUCCCGCUUAACAUGGAUGUCGGAGUUGUCAAAUGGCAUUUAUCUAAUUUUCAAAAUCAAACACAAUUCUUACCACUUUUAGUAACGUGUUGGCCCUCAGAAGGAAGCGAUGGGGGAUGCGAGGUUAACAUAGAAUUCACUUUAAACAAGGAUGAUCUGGAGUUGAAAGACGUUUCUAUACAAAUACCCUUACCAAGUGCCUGUAAAACCUUAUUAGUAAACGAAUGUACCCAGGGUGACUAUACUAAAUCCCUUAAACCUUCCAGCUCCAACACCCUUGGCACCCUCACUUGGCAUAUCCCCCUAAUCAAUAACCGAGAUAGGACUGGUACCCUCGAAUUCUCUAUACCCGAUUCUGGAACUGGCUCAGACUUUUUCCCCAUCAAAGUUGGAUUUUGCUCAGCCACGACGAUAUUUAAUCAUGCAGGUGGUGUAGAAGAUAAUGAAUGUAAAUCGAGACCGUAUUUCGAUAUCAAGGUAAACGAAAUCAACAAAUUAGAUGAAUCGGAUGGUGAAGACACAUUUGUAAAAUUUUCUUCAGAUUAUCAAUUGCUGGUCGAUAAAUACGAGAUUGUCUAAUAAUUCUCUUUUUCUCACAUUUGACAUUUAUAAAAACAAGUUUAUAAAAAAAAUGGUGAUAUCGUAAUUUUCGAGUUUUAAAUUAAUAUCUUUCAACAUGUUUAAUAUAUUUCCAAUGAACCAUAUGUAGCAGAAGAGUGUGUGACUUUAUUGUUUAUUCUAUCACAAAUCAAACUCUUUUAUUGGGUGAGCGUGAAAUAACGUCUUGUCCAUCAUAUUUUUCAAAUUGACUUCCUUUUCUAUGUUUUUAAAAAAUUAAUUUUUAUAUAUUAUAUUAAGUUAAUUAUUAUAUCGCAUCAUCAUCUUUUUACUAUUAUUUAUAUAUUUUACUUAUAUUUAACAAUGGUAAUUGUGCAUCGAUUUAUUUGUAUAUCGCCAAACAUAUUGUUUUAUAUCAAACUACCAAAAUGUAACGAAUGGGAAGUAA